AUGCUCCUACACGGCGAUGGUUCCAACAAGGCCUCGUCGACAAAUAAGGGGCAGAGAAAUGCUGUUAGUACUGGUGCCACCCAUGAAGCUACUGGGACAUCGGAGCAGACUACUUCACCUCAUGUGGCAUUACGGAUAUACUCAGCGCCCAUGGCUCACAAUAGAUGCCAUUCAAGUCGACUUCUUUCCACUACAAGCAAUCUGGCUUCGUAUACACCGAAUUCGCCGCGACAUCACCAUCCACUCGAAGCCCACAGCGGCAGUAGGCAUGAUGAUGACGAUAUUGAUCAAGAACUCAGUACUUCGUCUAAUGCCGCUGGUAGCUCGAUGAGAGAGCCUCAACCAGUGGAUGCGGAUCAUUUUGUGAUUCGCGCGUACAAAGCCAUCGUAAAUGUCAUGAAUCUUCGUUGGAGUUUGACAGGCCUUCAAAACCAAACAUCAUUACUUGCGAUAGCGGAAAAAGACCAUCUAGACAACCCAGGAGCAAGAUUAUUUGCCUUACGUUCGAAACUUCGCAACGAGCAGCAUAUGGCUAUAGCCAUAGACAGAGUCGCUGCGGUUUUGUUGGUUGAUAUGCGGGAUGAUCUCGGAGGAUCCUACGAUGGUGUGCGAGAAAAAGGCUUUCGAACAGCAAUCAUGGGAAAUAAAAUGCUUGCGGAGCAGUGGAAAAAGACUCACAAAGAGGUGGUAGAAGAGAUUCGGGCGGCGAUUACCUACAACUUUGCUGAGCAAAUCAUUUCACCAGGUAUCAAUCUCCUGUUGGGCUCGCGAUCACAAGAUGUUUGGGAGAAGCGCUUCUCUCGUAAAAAAGUUGAAGUUUUGCAUAGACUCUUGAAGCAAACCGAAGAAGGCCGAAUUGUGUUGAGCCGCGCAAAAGACUUGGAUGACGCUGUGAUCACUAUCAAGUGUAUCCUCAGCAUUCACAUCGGAUACAAAUGGCGCUGCGCAAAAUAUGCAUCGCUAAAUAUUCAGGAGAGCAGUGAGACGCUCUUCAAAAAGUUACAGGAUCAACUAUCGACGCGAACGACAGAUAUGCAACAGUUGGAGAGCACAUUGUAUUCUACAUUGGACAAGUCGACGCCCAAAAGCGGACGGGUUACAGAAGAGAGCUUAGACUCCUUCGUUCAUACAUCUAUUCCGACACCGAAUAGCAGUGUAUUUACGGAGAAGAGAAAGGGAUCAGUGUUGUCAGACCACGACCAUCCUUCCAAGAAACAUCGAUGUUCUCUCGAUGCACCUGAACCAGAGGUAGGUACAGGGUCAACUUCUAAUACAUCGCAUAUAAUCGAUGGACUACCAUUGGCAGUCCGACCUCUCACAAACCAGGAAGAAGAUGACAGGAGAGCAUCACCCACAGAUAGAGUUGAUGAAUCACUCAAUUUUAUCUCCCAAAAUUCUCCAGAAGACCACCAAAUGCUUGACCCGGCGGAAGAGGACAUUAUCCAAUCGAGUUUGCAGAAUACAGAGGAGAGGGACAGAGAAGGAGGUCGGAUGGAACUUCAGACACAGCUGGCCUCUGAAAACCAGGAUCUUGAGAACUCUUUGAGCUAUCAAUAUGGCGAACAAUGGGGAAUCACCGAGGACGUUAGCACUUUGGACGAUAUACUCAGUCUUAGUUGGUGA